AUGGGAAGAGAGUGAAAGAUACUGGUGUCAUCAGAGAUUUACCCAGCAAGGAGAAGAGAUUCGAUUCCCACACUUUUGUGUUGGCAAAGGAAGGAUACACAUCUGGGAAACACUACUGGGAAGUAGUUGUUGGCACAAGGAGAAGUUGGGCCUUGGGUAUUGCCCUGGAAUCUGUGACCCGCAAGGGGCCAUUGACUCUGUCCCCUAAGAAUGGCUUCUGGGUCAUUGGGUGUGCAGAUGGGAGAGAAUAUUCUGCCUACACAGAUCGUUGGACCCGUCUGAGUGUGAGUGGGAAGCUGCAAUACAUCGGGAUCUUCCUAGACAUCCCAGCCAAGGAGCUGAGAUUUUAUGAUGUCCAUGAGAGAGCAGCUCUGUACACUUUUAAUAUUGCUCAUGUCAAGGUCCAGGAAGGGAAAUUCAUUCCCUUCUUCUCCACAGGCCCUGCUGCUGCAGAGCCUGACACUGAGCAUCUGGUAAUAGCAUAG